AUAUCACACAUGAGCACAUUCUUUGUAUCUUUGUCAAUGAUCAUGGUCAGUGAUGUUGGCAGAAAAGGUGUAAAUGUUGUUAAUCCAUCCUUAGUCUUUUUAUAUGGAGAAAGUCAUGUUUUACGCAAAACCCGGAUAGAAAGUGCAGCUAACAAACAUUGAGCAUUGUGCAAUGAACAUAAAUUUAUGCAUACAUGGCAAAGACAGAAGUAGAUGGUAUCAUAGCACUUUUUUGACCUUAAAUAAAGAAGGAUCAUAAUUGAUUAUUACAAAUACAAAAACAACUCUCAGAUCUCAAAUUAACAAUUUGAAAUCUGGCUUCACUUGUUUAGUGUAACACUACCUGCCCCCACUAUUAGAUAUAUGUAGAACAUAGUUCCAACACAAUGGUACAGUGAGUGAUCAAAAGCCAGUAUUUAAAUUUUAGGUUUCAGGGUCUGCUCAUCAUAAACCUAGUCAAAUGAGAUAAUAAAAUACCAGGUUCAUACAAUUUCUUGUAAUAUCAAAGACCAAAGCCUAUAAGGAUUCUGCUUUGAAUAUCCCUCGAUUAAUCACUUCUGUGACCCCAGUUCUGUAUAUUUUGCAGGUAAAGACUUGAAGUUGGGCACUAACUACUGGUGUGCAUUAUCUACAUACCAUGGGGUGUUUUUCUUCAAAAGUCAUAGCCAGAUCAAUUAGUUUCCAUGAAGAGAGAAAGAAGAGAUCACGGAGAAAAACUAACGGCAUUCCAUUGCUGGAAGAUCUGAUCAUCUCCACUGGUGGCAGUGACCAGUACCUUGCUCUUGUCUGUGCAGCUAACACAGUAUCCAACAAACUGCAUUCUGGAAGUUUAAGUUCUAAUACUUCAUCAAAACUGGCCAUUGAGCCUGCCACUGCCACUUCUGAAACUAUCAAGAAGUUGAAGCCAUCAUCAGCAAGACUAAGCCAAGGAGAAGGGAAACAAAUUGAGAGUGAUAAGAACAGGUCCAAAAGUUGGCACCAGUUUCCAGAACACAUUGUGGACUCUCUUGUUCAGGAGAAUUCAUCUGGUUUUGAAGAUAAACAUGACUCGUGCUCUAAGGGUGCUGCGCGUAGUAGGAGCUUUCACACAGUGGAGGAAUAUGAUGAUAUAGUUAAAAAAAUAUGGUUGGCCGAAUGCCACGAUGGUCAGCAAAGUGAGUUUAAUGAUGAAGAAGAUGCUGGUUCAGGAACUAAUACAACUCAUCAUACUGAGCAUAAGGAUUGUAUCAUCAAGAAGAUGCAACCACCAAACUUAAACAAAAAGUAUUCAUUGGAAGAAAGAAAAGUAGUGAAGGAGAUCAACAACUUGAGUACAGAAGCAGAAAGCCACAUAUCUAGUUCAGGUAUUAAGAAUGAGGAAGUGGUUCCAAGCCAUAAAAGAAGCACCAUUGAGAAGGGAAUUAAGAGAAAAGCUGUGGCGAAGAGGCUAGAAUCACUUAGAAUCCCAUCUGGUGUUGAAUAUCCAGCCAUUGCUAGUCUUAGAGAAUGGCUCCCUGCAGGUGGAAUAUACUCUCCUGGAUCCUAUGUCACCCCAAAAUUUGGCAGUUAUUCUAUAAUGAACAUUAGGAAUGCAAAUGAAUCCAGUGAGGAUUCUAUAUUCAGUCCAGAGUUGGUGUCUGCAUUUGAACAAUGUAUGCAAAAACUUGAGGCAGAAGAAGAAAACAUUCUGAAACAAAUUGUAGAGAAUGUGGAGGAAGAAAGUGAAGCAAGCAGCCCCAAGAAAGGACACCAUGCAUAGAAGAUCAAACCCAUACUAAAGGUGAAUUUUGUUAAUAACGGAUAAAUCAUAGACUAAAGUGAUAUUUCUACUCCACUACUCUAUUUUUCACAUCUUCAAUGCCUGUAUGCAUGUGAAUUUUCAGAUCAUUUUUUUUUUAAUUUGAGAGUAUUUUGGGAAGAGGUGCCAAUUUACAUGGCAGUGAAUGUAAAUGUACUGUGCCUACAUUCAAUGCCUUGACCACCUUUGUAUAUCAUAUCUUAGUUAUAAAAAUUCAGUGACAUGCAGAUGCAGCCUAGUUUGAUUUAAUCCUUAUAUUUCUGGGAAAGUACAAGCGGAUUUUAUGACUUUCUCACCUCAUUCAAUAUGAAACAGCCACAUUUUCGCAAUAUUA